AAAUCUUUGGUUAAGGGAGAUUUAAAAAUGGCAACUCCAGCAAAGAGGCCACGUGAGGAAAAUGAACCAAAUGUUGAUCAAAACACAAAUGACAGUGUAUACGCAAGUAAUAAAUCUGACUGCAGAAAGAGAGCAGCUGCAUUUCUCAAGUGGUUUUCUUCUAAUGCUGAUAAUUAUUUCAAUGAAAAGGUUACCAUUGGACCAGAUGGUUCUUGUGCUCAGAAUGGCAUGGUCGCUCUUAGUGACAUUGAUGAGGGAGAAUGUCUUUUCCGGAUUUCCAGAAAAAUUCUUCUACAUCCAAAGACUUGCAGCAUUUCAGAAUUACUUGAAGAAGACCCUGUUAACAGUGAGAGUGGGUGGUCAGAACUGCUGAUUUCUAUGAUGCAUGAAUAUAAUGCCCAGAAGUCACAGUGGAAACUAUACUUUGAUGUUUUACCAGAAUCAGUUGAUUUACCAAUGUUUUGGACAAAAGAAGAGAGGGAGCCGUUAUUGACAGGAACAGGAGUAGUGGAGGCAGUGAACCGUGACAUCAACAAAAUCCAUAAGGAAUUUGAAGCAAUUGUCUCCCCUUACAUAAAAAAGCACAAAGACAUCAUCAGUCCAGGAUGUGACGACAUAGAUUUAUACAAAAAGAUGGUGUCCUAUGUGAUGGCCUACAGUUUCACAGAGCCACCAAAGGAUGAUGACAGCGAUGAUUUAACUGAAGAGGAGGAGGAAGAAGAAAAGUCAAUCAUUUAUAUGGUCCCCAUGGCUGACAUGUUAAACCACAUAGCCAAGAAUAAUGCUCAUUUGUCUUUUAAACCUGAUUGCUUAGAAAUGAUUUCUACUAAGGCAAUUAGCAAGGGAGAGGAAGUGUUUAACACCUAUGGAGAGCUUGCUAACUGGCAUCUUCUCCACAUGUAUGGAUUCUCAGAAGCUUAUCCUGAAAAUCACUAUGAUACAGUAGACAUGCCUCUGGACACUGUUCUAGACAUUGCUGAAGAGGAAACAGAAAAUAAAGAAUUUGCAAAAAAGAAAUCUUCUUUCUUUAAACAAAAGCUUAUGGAGGAUUUGAUUGGUGACGUGGUGGUGGGAACUAGUGGGAUUUUAACAGACGACAGAUUGUUCCUGGUGUUAAAGGUGAUGGAGAUGACCCCUUCACAGUUUGCCAUUUAUGAGGAGGAGUGUGAGGAGGGCUGGGAGGAGGAUCUGGAAGAGGACACAUCUGUCCUCGCAGACUUUGAAAAAAUGAAAGAUCUGAGCCAAUCUUGGAAAACUAUCAUCUCCAGGUCAGCAUCUACCUGUUUGAAGAGGUACAACACUAGUAUGCAGGAAGAUGAGGAGAAGUUAAUGCAGAUCAAGACACUUAACUCACGGCAGCAACAUUCAUUAUAUCUGUGUUAUGGACAGAAAAUGUUACUGCAGAAAUUAAUAAAUGCCUGCAGAUAAAA